AUGGCCAGCCCCGCGCCCCGCACCGUCCUCAUCACCGGCUGCUCCUCCGGCAUCGGCCUCGCCAUCGCCGUGCGCCUGGCGCACGACCCCCAGCACCGCUUCCAGGUCAUCGCCACCAUGCGCGACCUGCGGAAGAAGGAGAAGCUGGAGGAGGCGGCGGGGCCGGCGCUGGGCCGGACGCUGAGCAUCCAGCGCCUGGACGUGUGCAGCGACAGCUCGGUGGCCGAGUGCAUGGGCAGCAUCCCCGGGGGCCGAGUGGAUGUGCUGGUGAACAACGCCGGCGUGGGGCACAUCGGCCCCGUGGAGAGCAUCAGCGUGGAGGAGAUGAAGCGCCUCUUCGAGACCAACUUCUUCGGCGCCGUGCGGAUGAUCAAGGCCGUCCUGCCCGACAUGAAGCAGCGCCGGAGCGGCCACAUCGUGGUCAUCAGCAGCGUGAUGGGGCUGCAGGGGAUCGUCUUCAACGACGUCUACGCCGCCUCCAAGUUCGCCGUGGAGGGCUUCUGCGAGAGCCUGGCCGUGCAGCUGCUGCAGUUCAACGUCUUCAUCUCCAUGGUGGAGCCGGGCCCCGUGAACACCGACUUCGAGCUGAAGCUGAUGGAGGAGGUGUCGCGGCGCGAGUACCCCGGCGCCGACGCGGCCACGGUGCGGUACUUCAGGGACGUCUACCUGCCGGCCUCGCAGGAGAUCUUCGCCACGCUGGGGCAGAGCCCCACGGCGGUGGCCGAGGCCGUGGCGCGUGUGGUCGGGGCCCGGCGCCCGGCUUUCCGCACGCAGACCAACCGCCUCUACACGCCGCUGGUGGCCCUCAAGUACGCCGACCCCUCGGGGGACCUGUCCGUGCGCACCUACUACCGGCUGCUCUUCCGCUACGGCACCCUCUUCCAGCUCAGCAUGGCCGCGCUGCGGUGCCUCACCUGCGCCUGCUGCCGACGCCGGGUCGUCCCGGCGUGA